GUAGAGACGAUGCGUCUAAGGAAGCUGUUCAGUGUGAAGAUGCUGUUGUGAGAGAGGAAUUAAAUGCAUCUUCAGUACGUUCACCAUUACUCUAUCCAUACAAAAAUGAAGCAUAUUUAAAUUAUUAUGUCGUGUAAAAUUUGGGAUAUUUUGUUAUUAUGUGUAAAAAUAGCCUCCAGCAGAAGGGAAUGGUGGAGAGGGUGAGACUAAUGCCACUAAUGAGGGUGAAGAUGCAGAUUUGGGAAAGGAAUCAAGGGCAGCUGCAGUAAGUUAACCCUGACUCUCUUAGUACAAAAAUGAUUCAAGCAAUUUACCUUAUUGUAUUGUAUAAGAUUGGGAAAGAAUCUGACAAUUCUGUUUUAUGUAAAUAGGCUUCACCAGUAGGGGACGUAGGACAGAAAGCUGGAGCACAAGGUGCGGAUAAGUCUCAUGUUCAAAUUGGACAGGGAGUUGGGGAUGAGAACCCAGAGCAUGGUGGAAAUGAGUUAUGGGAUAAGAACAUACAGGAAGAGGCAAGUUGUUACCUAAUUUCUCUUUGAUUAUUUGAUAAUAGGAUCCAAUUAUCAAAAUGUAGAUCUUGUAAGAUUUAAUAUAAAUGAAUGAGUUGCUCUGUGACUUACUAGGAACCGCGAGCAGCAGAAAGCAGCAAAAGAAAAAGAAAGCGGCGUCCCAGAAAAGAAAAAGCAGUUGAAAAUGUCGUUCCAAUUUUCAUUACGGAAGGUGAAGAAGAAGAAACUGAACCAACAAAGAAGAAAAAGCGUGGAAGGCCAUGCCUCCCCGAUCACAAAAAAAAAUCCUGUACGUGUUAUAUCUUAAAUUAAAUAUAAAUUUGGCAAUGUUGGUGGUAUAAAUUACUAUACAUGAUUACAAUGUACUCGUUAAAAUGACAAUAUAUUAUAUGAUGCAGUAUCCUGUUAUGAGGAUUUAUCUAGACAGAGUUGUCAACGCAGUACCAAAAGGCACUACUCAAAAGGAAUGGAUUAGGGAGGCUGGAUUUUUCACAUUUCUGGAUGUGAAGUUUAAUGAACUUGACCGGUUUUUUCUGUCGUGGUUAAUGGGUCGAUGGGAUCCUGAAACCCAGUUACUACGCAUUAGGGAUGAUUAUGAGAUCAAGAUCACUGAUGAAGUGGUGGGGUGGAUAUAUGGGCUGCCGUUCAGUGAUUAUACUUUCAAUAUUGAAGAAAGUGUUACAGGUAAUAGGAUAAGAUUUUAUAGCUUUGGAAACAAAUUAUGAUAAUGAAUACACUUUAUAUAACCUCCCAUUGUAUAGAUCCUAUAAGGUGAAAUUUGAACAGAUUUUUCCUUAUGGUGUGUACAAAAUGCAGAGGACAAAGAGUACAAGAAGCUAAAGACUUCCUAUUCCAAAAGAGGGGGUAUAGGUCAUCGCAUUCUUCAUGCUGAUAUGACAGAGAAUCUGCAAGGAAAGGUUCUUGCAGUCCUAUGUUUUGUAUGUAUUUGGCAACCUAAUAUGUACAACUCUGAACAAUUGGAUUAGUCCACUUUUAUGCUGGAUUUUGAAGUCGCGGUACCUGGAAGAUGCACGGAAUUGGAAUUUUUUAAAGUUUGUGCUUGAAUGGAUGAUCAAGCAGCACAGAGAACUGGAUGCAGAGAAGGGUGGCGUUAAGGGAUCCCCCAUCGUGCUAAUGGUAAGUCAUCUUUUACUUUACUAGCCUAGUCAUAUAAUAAUAUUAUCCUGUACAGAAUGCAUACCUUGACAGAUUGAAAUUAGGCGAUAAAGGGCAUCGGGGCAUACCGAUAGACCAAGGCUUGGAAUGUGGAAGCAAGCUGAUAUUGAACGCGCGAUUCGUGCAGAUACUGCUGCUGAUGGGUCGUAUGGUGCAGCAGAGGUUGUUAGGGAUGUUGUGUGUGGGAAAGAAUACCCUAUUGGUCCGCGGAAGGACCUUCCUGUGUGGAUGACGAGUCCGCCUCCUGUGAAUCCAAAAGUUACCGCCGUGGAAAGGAAAAGAAAGAGAAGGAAAUGCAGAGCACAGGUCAGGGACUUGAAAGAAUAUAAAGACAUUUAACACUAUAGUUCUUCCAGAGAAGAAGAGGUAGUUUGAAACCGAGUGUGACUAAGUUCAUAGACUGUUACUUACCAGAUUACUGAUUAGUCAAACUUUUCUUAAAGACAAGCAAAGGACAUGAGGAAGAAGCCAAUACGGGACGUACUGAGAGGAGUAACAGAAAAAAGACAAAGAAUUAGGAACUUCGUGUAGUUCCACCUGCUUUAACCCCUAGACGGGUUACAAAAGCAAGAAGCAGGUUGAUACAAAGGAACACACCUGUUGAAGGGGAUAAAAAUGUAAAUUACUUGCAUAUAAAGUUUAUGACAUUGUGUUUGAAAAAGUGUAGCAUUUCUUGCCUAUAAUUAUAUAAUUAUUAGGAUCAUUUUACAUAUUACAGUAGCUUAUUAUUCAUAAAAGCAUGAUAUUGGUUUCACAGGUAUAAAUCAAAACAAGGGAAACAAGCAUCACUGGGAAAGGUGGCAGAACAAAAACAAAGGAUGUUAUCUCAAAAAUGAAAAGGACAAAAGGUAAGAAGGAAUCAAGUGAGGAUGAUUUAAGCACUGAGAGCAACAGUGAGGAUGACGAAGCUGAUGACGAUGAUGAGGAGAAUGAUAGGAAUACGGAGGAUGAUGAGGAUGAUGAAGAAACUGCCAGUGAUGAUGGGAGUGAAGGAGAACUAGGAAAUAAUGGUGAAGAUGAUGAUGAGCCUGAUAUAGAGGUCACAAACCCCAAAUCUGGGAAAGGAGAUGUGGGUGGGCCUGAUAAUGGAAAGAAUGGUAACGGGGGAAAUGAUGGUGAGGAAGAUAAAACGGAGGAAGAUGAUGGUGGGGAAGGCGGGGGUGAUAAUGACUGAAAUGAAAAGAAUGCAGAAUCAGAUGUGGAAUGCGACAACGAUUACCUGAGCGACCUUGAUGACAAUGAGGGCUUGCCCCAGAUUUUUGAUCACCAGCAACGCAGCAUCACGGCGAUCUGUGACAGAAAGUCAAACUAUACUAGGAAUUAGUAACAACUUUUUCCAUAAUGCUUAUUUGUGUACCUUCAUGUGUUGUAGUAGAUUAUGAUGAGUGUUUUAAUCAAAUAGGUUUAAGGAUCAGAUUUUGUUCAAGUGGUAUGAUGUAAUGGUCAACCGUCAACUGGUACACAAAGCAUGUAAGAAGAAGUCUCCCAUUCCAAUAGAGGUAAUGAUUAAAUUAUAUAACGAUCACCUCUCUUUCAAACAGUAUGUGUGGGGAACAUUUAAAGUAAAAG